GUGGCUGGUAGCCAGCGGCGGUCUCCUCCUGCUGUCUCCUCUUCUGUCACAGGACAAACAGCCUUUCAUCACAUCCAGAGGAGGAUUGGAGCUCCAGCUCACGGACAGCCGCUCGCUCCUCUCCGCGGGGCUCUCGGUGCUCUCUGCCCGGCUCUGGGUCGUUCAUCCGCGGUCGGAGAUGCCAUCGGAGCCGCUCCACCUUCACAGCUCGUCGCGGGUUUUACUCUGAGAAGCGUCCGUGUUCAUUAACGUUAGCCGGCUGGCUAAAGAGGUGUGAAAAGCGAGUGUCAUGACUGGAGCUGAGACUGAAGAUGACAUCCCGCUAAGUGAAAGGAAGACUGUCACAGAUUUCUGCUACCUUCUGGACAAGUCCAAACAACUCUUCAAUGGGCUGAGAGACCUCCCUCAGUAUGGACACAAGCAGUGGCAGUCCUACUUUGGACGGACGUUCGACGUCUACACCAAGCUGUGGAAGUUCCAGCAGCAGCACAGGCAGGUUCUGGACAGCCGCUACGGACUGAAGAGAUGGCAGAUUGGGGAAGUCGCAUCCAAAAUCGGACAACUUUACUACCACUAUUACCUUCGUACCUCAGAAACGAGUUACCUGAACGAGGCCUUUUCCUUCUACUCUGCCAUCCGUCAGCGCUCCUACUACUUCCAGGUCAACAAAGAGGACAGGCCAGAGUUGGUGGUGAAGAAGCUUCGGUAUUACGCUCGAUAUAUCGUCGUUUGUUUACUGCUGAAUAAGAUGGACCUGGUCAAAGUUCUGGUGAAGGAGCUGUCUGAGGAGAUUGAAGAUUACACGCAGAGAUUUAACACGGAGGACCAGCUGGAGUGGAACCUGGUUCUGCAGGAGGUCGCAGCCUUCGUGGAGGCGGAUCCAGUGGUGGUUUUGAACGACAACAACUCGGUGGUGGUCACCAGUAACCGUCUGCAGGAGGGCAGCGUGCCGCCGCUGGAACAAGGCAUGGUGGUUGGACAGCUCGUCCUUGCAGAUGCACUAAUCAUCGGCAACUGUAACAACCAGGUGAAGUUCAGCGAGUUAACCAUCGAUAUGUUCCGUAUGCUUCAAGCUCUGGAGAGAGAGCCGGUGAACCUCGCCACGCAGACGUCCAAACAAGGAACACUGGAGCCGAAUGAGAAACCAGCAAAGAGAGAAAACCCUCACAAGUAUCUGCUGUACAAACCCACCUUCAGUCAGCUCUUUACGUUCCUGUCCGCCUCUUUUAAGGAGUUACCUGCCAACAGCGUCCUGCUCGUCUACCUGUCAGCGACUGGAGUCUUUCCAACGGGUCACACAGAUUAUGAAGGUCCGUAUGAUUUCGGAGGAGUUCUGACGAACACCAACAGAGACGUGGUGAACGGAGAGACGGUGCAGAAGAGGAACCAGGCUCAGAAGGAGAUGCACUGCCUUCAUCCUGGAGAUUUGUUCCCUUUUACCAGAAAACCACUUUUUGUCAUCGUGGAUUCCACAAACAGUACGGCAUACAAGAAUUUCACAAACCUGUUCGGUCAGCCGAUGGUCUGCCUGCUGUCGCCCACGGUUUAUCCCAAGAGUGUUCAAGAUCAGUCUCAGCGGGGGAGCCUGUUCACGCUCUUCCUCUACAGCCCGCUCCUGGCCUUCUCCUCCGUCUGCGGUCUGAACAGUUUGCGGCGAGGACUGUGGGAGCAGGCGCAGGAGUUUCUCCGCAAAGUUUACCGUGACAUUGGGCAGAUGAUAACUCGAUCACGAACCAUAGAUCAAGCCUUCUUACAGUUCUUCGGUGACGAGUUCCUGCGGCUGCUCCUGAUCCGUUUUGUUUUCUGCUCAGCGGCACUCCGGCUGCACAAACUCUUCCGGGAGUCUCGGAGUUUCCCCGAGUCGUACCCUGAGCUCCCCAAGCAGGACACGGUGGAGAGCAGCCUUCUGCAGAAACACAUCCUGGAGCUGGCCACCAUGCUGGACGUGCAGAGUUUAUUCUGGGAUGAUUCACUGGAAGCCUACUAACACGUUCACACAGCAGGGCGGCAUGGCAUCCAUGUACAUACAGACUCAACUGCCAGAGCCCUCACUGUCUCUGUUUUUUACAGGUAAACAAAUUCAGCACAUCCCCAUUAUGACCUGCAUUUAAACGUUUACUUGUGGAAGAAAAUGUAGUGAAAAUGUUCCCAUAAAUAAGCCGGAGAGGUUAAUCUAACGUGUAACUUCCCCAUUUCUGAGUCUCGGUGGCUUUCCUCGUGAAUAUUAGCAUCAUGUAAGAAAAAAAGAGAGGCUGCAGAAAACCACACAGCUCAUCAUUCCACAUUAAAAUAUGAGAUCCAA